GGGAAUUUAAACAGUGGAUAUAUACAUUAUAAUAAUAAUCUAUACGGUUGGUAAAAUACAGUAGAGAGCGUAAGCCCUGCCCAGUGAUUUCUCACGGUGGUGAAGAGCACGUGCAUGGCCCCGCUUAAUUCCAGGCAGCGAUCAAACGUAAGGGAGAUAGCGGGCUCUGCGAGUCGCACCUGACGUUUUCACUGCAAGCAACCAUCACAGAAAGAGGCUACUUAUGAUUCAUUAAUUGGAUAAUAAAAAGUUGGCACUCAGAGCUCAGAAUGCGGACGUAGAGGUGCUGAUCUUGUGUCUUCAAUUAAGCUUCGGAUUCUAAACGGAGCCGAGGCAGGCGCAGCGACGGAAAUAUUAUGGCUGAGGUGGCUGGUGACAAGCGAGCUCCGGGGCGGGUUUCGGCCAGCGCUAAGCGCAUGCGGGCUUAUGGGGGAGUGAUCGCGCGUGACGUCUCACAGGGAGCACCGGAGAUUAGGCGAGGGAACAAAUCAGAAGGCCCCGUUGAGACCUGGAUCAUCCACCCAUCACACUUGUCUCUAAGCUUUGUGCUCUUGCCAGCUGAAGGUGCUGGUCACAAUAGAUGUAUUACAAAAUCAUGGACAUGCGCAUUUCUUGUACUUGUAACGGUCUUGACCCUACCGGAAACGGUGUGCAUUUUCAUGGUUAUCACGUGUCAGUUUUAUGCUUACUUUAUCGGGUGCGGCGGUGUCUACAUGAGACCCGAAACAUUUCUAGGCUCAGAUAUUUAAAGAGAAUUCUCGCCAAAGAAUUAACUACUACCGGGUGUCUAAUGAAGUUCUCGUGUAUUUUGGUCAAACUCAAGGCGUCUUAUGGAUGUAAACAGCGGUCAUGCUGAAUACGCAUACUGUAGCAUUUAUCUUAGAUAGUACUAUCUUAGUGUUGUCUCUACGUAGCUGACGAGAGAAAAUGGCCCUAAUAUUCGCUAAGGAGGCUCGACUUCCAUUGGAAAGGAGAUUUAGCAUUCGAGAUGUUUGCAUACCAGUCUGU